GGCUCAUAAGUAAGCAUCGUCUAAACCUGUUGUAUUUGGGCAUGUUACAAAUCAAAUUUGAUGUCCCUAUCAUCAGGAUUACAUAAAAAACGUUAACAUAAAAAACGUGAAAUACUUGUGUCAAGGGUAUUACCAGGAUAUGUGCUCUUAUGUAGUGGGCACUGACUAUCCCAAGAGCACUGAUAAGGCCUCAAUCUCUCACGACAUCAACCAGAGUACCGUCUCUGUUAACGUGAAGAGUCUACAACAAAGUGAGUUCAUAGUUUAUUCAUAUACCAAAAAGAUCACCUGCACUUUUAAAUAAAUUAUAUAUUUUUUGCACCUGAACCUCUGACUCCAUCUCAACUGUUGCUGCUCAACACCAACUAAAUAGGCUGCCGGGUCAUCCAUCUUUAUUAACAUUAUAAGUGAUUUUAUUUGAUGUAACAUCUAAAAAUGUGCUAAUAAAAUACAAAGAUCAAUUGUAGAGCCUUAGAGCCUUAUGUUACAACUAGUUGAUAGAUGUAAUAGUGUUUAUCUGCCACUGAGGGGGGCAUAGACACUCAAACAGAAGCAGGAAGAGACUUAAAGACAGCUAUAACUAUUAGGAAGUUCAGUCAUUCUCUUUGGUUCCUUGGUCCUUGACACACACAUUGCACAUUGGUAGCAUGUAACAUACAGAGACACAUACCCAGAAAUGGCUUCUCAUCUCUCCCUCUCCAUCCUCCUCCUCAUCUUCUCCAGACACUCAGGUGCUUAUCGUGUGUCUGUGAAGACAGGAGGCUCCAUCACCAUCCCAUGUCGCUAUGAUCUGAGAUACAAAACACAUGUGAAAUACUUGUGUAAAGUACAUUAUUUUCAAAGAUGCUUCCCUGGUGUACAUUCUAAGAGCAUAAAUAAGGCCUCAAUCUCUCAUUACAUCAAGCAAACCUUCACUGUGACCAUGACUGAUCUGAGGACAGAGGACUCUGGACGUUACCGCUGUGCUGUGGAGAUCAAUGGUGGAUCAGAUGUCAUUAUAAAAAGUUUCCACCUAUCUGUCAUUCCAGGUACUCCAGAACUCUAUGUGGACCAACAGGAGGUGACAGGAGUUGGAGGGAGUGUCAUUGUAAAUUGUUACUGUAGUGUCACUGUAAAUAUUAAGUGGUGCAGGAUUGGUGGCAGUGUCUCCUGUAUGGAUGGGAAUUCUGGGACUAUAAGUGAAACAUCAGUGACCCUACAGCAGACCACUGAUUCCACCAGAAGAAAUGUCUUAACGGUGACUAAGGGUGGACUGAAGCCGGAGAACACUGGCUGGUACAGGUGUGAAGUGGGAGACCUUAUAAUGCCUGUUCACAUCACUGUCAGACAACAAACUACCACACAACGUACCACCACUGUGACCACAACCCAAGCCCCAACCACUGAACAAUCCUCUUUCUCUCCAACUGCUGAGCCUGUUCAGACUGACAACACAGUCCAAGGACCUGAGGGGGGCAAGGAGAAGGUCACCAUGAGUUCUAUAGAUCUAAAUGUCCUACUGAUUCCUCUGGGCAUGUUGGUGGUAUCUGGUGUUCUAGUCACAUGGAAGAUGUGGAAGUAUAAGGACAAUAAGGCCAUGGACCAGACAACAAACACCUCAGUGGACCCAUUUCAUGCUGAUGAUGAUGUGACAUACAGCACUGUUGUCCCCAAGAGGAGGAACCAGCUAAAUCUACAGACCAAGGGACAACCAUAUGUGGUCUACAGCUCACUAGUCCUACACCCCACAGAGGGCAGCAACACAGCAGUGACUGACUGAGUGAAGAUCUUGGUCCCAAAGAGCCCUUAUCCUGGAAGGACAGACCACUCCCCUUCCUGUGUCACAACAUGAGUCAUGACCAUCUAUCUGCCUCCAAUAUGCUACUGCCCACACCUCCUAACCCACCUGUCUCCUUGUGUCCAUAAUCUACUGAAGACAGUCUACUGUGCUCGUUUUGAUGAGCCCUUUUCAAUGCCCUUUUCCCUUGUAACUGAUCAUGAUCAAAUGUGUAUAUUAAAUGUACAAAAUAAAUAGCUGUUGCUGAAUGCAAAAUGGAUUGAA